CUACUUACCUACUCCGUACUCUGUACUCCUUCUCCAGAACGCAACUGAAACUUCUGGUGGCCUCAGGCGCUUUCGCUUACCUCCACUUCCUCCUCCUCUUCCGUCUCUCCUCUGCAACUCCACCCGCUUUUCCCUGACCUUUCGCUUCUUUCUAGCAUUUUUCCCUGGUUGGUCUGUGUAUUUUGCUGGUGAUCUAGACAGACUCCAUCCAUUUAUCCAUCCAUUGUUGGCGCCGCCUUCCGCUUCUCUCGCCUGGAUCACCGACCCCUUCCUUAGUCCUUCUGUCACUCUCUUCUAUAUCGUCUUUGUGACUCUGCUUCUCGACCCUCCUGUUUGCUUCAGCCCUCCUCCACCCUUGAUUCAUCUCUCCCCCGCAUUGAAUUUUUUUUCUGCAGUCUUGAGACUGGAUCGGAUCCCUCGUCACAUUCUCGCCUCCUCCGCCCCUCGUUUCUCUCCCCCCUCUUGGAGGAAGGCGAUGUGAAACGGGCUGUGUGCGCGAUGGCAGCGUCCUUGCACCACCCGGAGGCGGAGCGAGAGCGCAUUCGUGAUCUAUCUAGAUACUAUUGUACUGUUGAUCGUCCUCCUCUCCGCUUGGCAGCCGCCGACUCCCAAGACACUUCCAACCUCGACAUUCCUGACGAUGGUGUUCUCCCAGAGGCUCGACUUUCCUCUGAUAUCACCCUGACCGCGCUGGCCCAGUUGGGCGUAUAUCGCUUUGGCUGUAACCGCUCCUUUGUCUCCAUCAUUGACGGCGUGAACCAGUACAUUAUCGCUGAAGCUACCAAAUCUAUCUCCUUGCGGAACAAUGACCAACACGACCCGGACGAUGGGAUCUAUCUAGGAGUGCGUACCCUCGACCUGAUCUGGGGCGUCUGUCCCCAUUCCAUCGCUCUUUUCACCGGUCAAGAUGCUUCGAAAAUAGUCGACUCGCCCAAUCUUACCGCCAAUCUCUCCCGCUUCGUCGUUCGAGAUUUCACCAAGGAAGACUUCUACAAGGAUCGUCCCUACGUCGUCGGAUGGCCGUACUUUCGCUUCUACGCUGAGGUCCCCAUUUACAGCCCCGCAGGCUACGUGCUCGGCACCUUCUGCGUCAUUGAUGACCAUCCUCGCGACCAUUUUGGAGAUGCCGAUAUCGCCACCCUGCGCGAAAUCGCCGAUGCCAUUUCAGGUCAUUUGGAACAUGUCCGGAUCGCCCACUAUCACCGUCGUGCCGAAAGCCUGGUCAAAGGGUUGACCAGCUUUGUGAAGGGACACUCCGAAUUUGAUCCAACGGAAGUGCCGCCGGUAACGGUGCCAAGUGACUCCUCAUCUUCCUCCACGGAGUCAGAAGCGCCUCAAUGGCUUGAGAGCGAAUCCCCGCCCGAUGCCCCCGAGCCACCCACAGGGCAUCCCUCCAGUGCUUCGGAAUUGACGGGGGAGCUUACAUCACUAUUCUCCGCGGUCACGUGUUCAGAACGAAGCAGCGCGUCAACCUCGGUCAAUCCAGCCCCUCGAUCCACGAACCAUAGUGCCGACGAUGAGCUGUGCGAUCCCCGGGAUACGGUCGUGGGAGCAUCCGAACGCUCGGACUUCCCAGCGGUCUCGGUACGGAACCCACCGAGUUUGUCGGACAACCUGGCGCGCAUCUUCGCGCGGGCCAGCGCCACUUUGCGUGACUCGAUGGACCUGGAUGGCGUAGUCUUCUUUGAUGCCUCUCGCAGCAACUCCGGAGUUGUCCGACCGGGUCAUGUAGGUUCUUGGGAGCCGCUCCCAACCUCCGCCAAUCCUGAAUUCCUUGCCGAUCCGUAUCCGAGCCCGGCUGACUUAGCCGGGGUUGGCUCACUCUCCAAGGCUGCCGAAAGACCCUGUGAUAUCCUAGGAGAGGCGCGCCAUCCUUCAGUAGCCGCUUGCAGUGAAUCGAACCCGGUGACCGAAGACUUGUUGAACCGUCUUGUAGCAGUCUACCCUCAUGGCCAGUUCAUCAAUCUCCACGAGGAACUGGCCACUGCGAGAUCGUCGACACCUUCCAUGCGAGAGACGCCCUCGGACGAUUCAUCGAGUCCGUCCUCGGAGGCACCACAGACAAAUGCCACGCGUCUGUGCCUUGAAUUGAAGCAGUGUUUCCCUGAGGCCUACAGCGUGCUUUUCUAUCCAUUAUGGGAUUGGAACCGCUCACGCUGGCUGGCCGGAACCCUUGUCUGGACCCGCGGUAGCGAUCGCGCCCUCGACAUGGAAGAACUACAUUACUUCAAGGUUUUUGGUGAUUCGAUCAUUUCUGAAGUCGCGCGAGUGGACUGGGCCACCAUUCAGCGCUCCAAGUCCGCCUUCAUCUCCUCAGUCAGUCAUGAAUUACGCUCGCCCUUGCAUGGCAUUUUGGCCUGUGCGGAAUUGUUGCAGACGAGUCCAUUAGACCCUUCCCAAGCGCACUGGAUGAGCAUGGUGCAAAGCUGCGGGUUGACUCUGCUUGAUACAUUGAAUCAUCUGCUCGACUUUGCUAAGAUCAAUAACUUGACCACCGGAGAGGAGGUCAAUAAAUCGUCCAACAAUUCAUCAUCGGUCAACCUCAUGACCAUUUUCGAUCUGGAUGCCUUGAUCGAAGAGGUGACCGACGUGCAAUAUACCGGCCAGCGACUGGGUCGGACGAUCAGUCCGCUCACAAGACGUCUGAUGCACACCCCUUCCAAUGCGACGCUCCAGGACGGCGAAUUGACGGUGGUGGUGCGUGUGCAGGACCGUCAGGCGUGGACUGUGCAGUCCGUGGCCGGGGCUUGGCGGCGUAUCGUCAUGAAUCUCCUGGGAAACUCCUUGAAGUGGACCAAAACAGGGUUCAUCGAGGUCUCACUUUCCAAAGCCCGGCGCAAAUCCGAUCCGCAAUCGAUCUUCGCUCACCUGACCGUUACCGACACUGGGCGUGGGAUUGCCCCCGACUUCUUGAAGCAUAAGCUCUUCUCCCCAUUUGCACAGGAGGAUUCUCUCUCGGAAGGGCUCGGAUUGGGCUUCAGCAUUGUCCGGCAAUUGGUUUCAUCCCUCGACGGGCACAUCAACGUGCGCAGUGAGCUAGGUAUUGGCACGCAGGUCGAUAUCUACAUUCCUGUGCGUCUGUUGGGUUCAAGCCUCGGAAAUGCAGCGCCCGGCCCUGGGGUAGUCUCACCUCCCGCUAUACCGACCGCUCCGCUGAGGUUCUCCCUAGUGGGCUUCGACAGCUACCCGCACCCUCGGGAAGUUCCAACUGGAAUCUUGCCAGCGGAAGCCAAGCGCAAGCUGGCCAUCCGCAGCUCAUUGACCUCAGCCCUUCUAAAACAGCCUGGUUGGAGUCUGACCCAGGCUGAGUCGCUAGCCGAUGCAAAGGGUGAAGUUGCCGUGAUUGAAGAGGAAAGCCUGAGUAGAGCCAUGGCGGCCGGCAAGUUGCAGCCGUCUAUGGGCGCUUUGGGGGGAUUUAAAUUCCUCCUUGUUCUCGACAGUGACCAGGAAUUGGUCCGCGAUACUCUGGCCCCGAAUAUGAUUCGUGUUUCACAGCCGUUCGGACCUCGAAAAUUCGACGAAAUUCUCACUCGCAUACUCCUUCUAUACUACGAGUACAUCAAGAAUCCUACACCAUGCCAAACGCCACUGUCCCCGCCUACGGUUGAUCCUACACUUUCCCCCACUCCCGAAUCAUUCCCAAGCAUGCCACUGCCGUCGGCUCCGCCGCUUGAUACCCACCAAUCCACCUCACCUCCCCCCAAACCACAAAAAGAUGUCCAUGUACUGAUCGUGGAUGACAAUGAGAUUAAUCUCAAGAUCCUCGCCACAUUUAUCCGCAAACUCGGCUGCAGCUAUGACACAGCCUCCAACGGGCUUAUCGCACUCAACACGUACAAAGACUCCACUCGUCGCCACGAUCUCGUCCUCAUGGGUAAGUCCGUUUAUUGACCCUAUCCAGUCUUUGCAAGCGCCCUGCUGACCGAAGCUUCCAGAUAUCUCCAUGCCUGUGAUGGACGGCAUCACUUCCACCGAGCAGAUUCGUC